CACACACACACACACACAGACACACAUCUCUCCCUCAGUGAGGCUGACGGACGCUCAGUUGAACCUCUGAAGAUGAACCUUGCAAAGAUUCACGAGGGGCUGCAUGUGAAGACCUUCUGGGAGAAGAAGAUCCACAGCGAGAGCCAACAUGCCGAGAGCGAGGAGCAGCGGAGGAACCGCAGCGCCCUCAAGAAGCUGAGGGGCGAGUGGGUCGUCCGCCUGGAGAACCGGACCAAACACCUGAAGAAGCUGGACAGCACGAGGAAGGUCAGAGGGGAGUCAGCUGACCAGACGAUGACAUCACAGAGUCUGCAGAAAUAAAGGGAAUAAAAACUCUUCUCACAACGUAGAAUUCUUUCUUUGGGGUUCAAACAACACUCAAUAAUAAACUUUAAAAAAACACAAAAUAUUUUU